CAUUCCAAAGUUCCUAUGGGAGUCAUUGGGAGUAUCCCAACUCUGUUUUCCAACGGAUCUGAGCGCUACACUGCGAUAUGUUUGUUUCUGUUUCGUUUUGACUCGAGCUUGAAGUGUCGGUGCUGAACGAACAUCAGUGAGUUUGACGUGUUUCCAUAUACAGGGAAGAUGUCAGACUUUGAGACGAGGAAGAGAAAGAGAUCUUCAUCUCCAGAUCCCAGCCGUGUGUCUCUGAAGAGCAAUCAAUCCAUGCCUCCUCCUCUUAACUUCAGUGAUGGAACAGUGACCUCUGACCCCAGAGAUGAUCAGACUGGAGACCAGGAUUCUCCUCAAGCAGUAGAUGAUGAACUCCAGAGAGUCAAAGACCAGCUCAAAACCAGCAUGAAGAACAAGUAUGAGAGAUUAUUUGAGGGACUGAACCUCCAGGAGAAUGAAACCCUCCUGAACAGGAUCUACACACAGCUCUACAUCAUAGAGGGAGAGAGUGAAGGAGUGAAUGAAGAACAUGAGGUUUUCCAGAUGGAGAAAACAGCCAGAACACAACACUCACAAGAUACUCCAAUCUACUGCAAUGACAUCUUUAAAGCCUCAGCUGAACCAGGAUGUGAGGAGAAACACCAGAUCAAGACUGUUCUUACUAAAGGCAUCGCUGGAAUCGGAAAAACCGUCUCUGUGCAGAAGUUCAUUCUGGACUGGGCUGAGGGAAAAACCAAUCAGGAUGUAGAUUUCAUGUUUGUGCUUCCAUUUCGAGAGCUGAACUUGAUCCGAGAUCAUCAGUACAGUCUUCACAGACUUCUGCUGGACUUUCAUCCUGAACUUCAAGAUCUGGACUCAAAGAUUUAUGAGGAGAGUAAAGUUGUGUUCAUCUUUGAUGGUCUGGAUGAAAGCAGAAUCACACUGAUGUUUUCAAACGCUCAGAAAGUUUCUGAUGUGACCGAGUCUUCAUCAGUUUCUGAUGUGACUGAGACUUCAUCAGUGGGUGUGUUGAUGUCAGAGAAAGUUUCUGAAGUGACAGAGACUUCAUCAGUGGGUGUGUUGAUGUCAAAUCUCAUGACAGGAGAGCUGCUUCCCUCUGCUCUCAUCUGGAUCACCUCCAGACCAGCAGCAUCCAAUCAGAUCCCCUCCAAAUACAUCAACCGUCUGACAGAGAUUCAGGGAUUCAAUGACCCUCAGAAGGAGGAAUAUUUCAGGAAGAGAAUCAGUGAUGAGCAUCAAGCCAGCAGAAUCAUCUCACACAUCAGAAGAGCAAGAAGCCUCCACAUCAUGUGCCACAUACCCGUCUUCUGCUGGAUCUCAUCCACUGUGCUUCAGAAGCUCCUGAAAGAAGAUCUGAGUGCAGAAAUCCCUCAAACUCUGACUGAAAUGUACAUCCACUUCCUGCUGAUUCAGAUCAACAUGAGGAAUCAGAAGUAUGAAGAGAGAGAUCCAGAGAAACUGCUGCAGUCCAACAGAGAAGUGAUUGUGAAACUUGCUGAAGUGGCUUUCAAUCAGCUGAUGAAGGGCAAUGUGAUGUUCUAUGAGGAGGACCUGAGAGAGAGCGGCAUAGACGUCACUGACGCCUCAGUGUAUUCUGGGAUUUGCACUGAGAUCUUUAAGGAGGAAUCUGUGAUUCAUCAGAGGAAAGUCUACAGCUUCAUUCAUCUGAGCUUUCAGGAGUUUCUCGCUGCUUUCUAUGUGUUUUACUACCAUGUGAUCAAGAACAAGAAACCACUGGAUGAACUCAGAGUUUACAGAUCUUAUAAAGACUCUCUGUAUUCUCUACUAACAUCAGCAGUAAAUAAAGCCCUCAGGAGUGAGAAUGGACAACUGGAUCUGUUCCUGCGGUUCCUGCUGGGCGUCUCACUGGAGUCCAAUCAGAGAGUCUUACAGGAUCUACUGACACACACAGAGAACAGCUCAGAGAGCAUCAGAGAAAUCACACAGUAUAUUAAAAAGAUGAUCAAAGAUGAAUAUAGAGUUCUCUCCACUGAAACGUCCAUCAAUCUGUUCCUCUGUCUGCUGGAAGUCAAAGAUCAGUCUCUGUCCAGAGAGAUUCAGGAGUUUGUGAAAUCAGACAAACACUCAAAGAAGAAACUCUCUCCGUCUCACUGCUCAACAAUCUACUACAUGAUUCAGAUGUCAGAGGAGCCGCUGGAUGAGCUGAACCCCAUGAAAUACAACACAUCAGAUGAGGGGAGAAGAAGACUGAUACCAGCUGUGAUCAACUGCAGAAAAGCUCUAUUUUCUGGCUGUAAUCUCACUCCUCAGUGUUGUGACAGUUUGUCUUCAGCUCUACAAUCCUCAAACUCUGUCCUGAGAGAGCUGGAUCUGAGUAACAAUGACCUACAGGACUCUGGUGUCAGCUUCAUUUCUGAUGGUCUGAAGAGUCCAAACUGUCAGCUGCAGAUCCUGAGACUUGCUGGCUGUAAUCUCACUGCUCAGCGUUGUGAAAUUGUGUCUUCAGCUCUACAAUCCUCAAACUUUGUCCUGAGAGAGCUGGAUCUGAGUAACAAUGACCUACAGGACUCUGGUGUCAGCUUCAUUUCUGAUGGACUGAAGAGUCCAAACUGUCAGCUGCAGAUCCUGAGACUUGCUCUCUGUAAUCUCACUGCUUGGUGUUGUGACAGUUUGUCUUCAGCUCUACAAUCCUCAAACUCUGUCCUGAGAGAGCUGGAUCUGAAUAACAGUGACCUACAGGACUCUGGUGUCAACUUCAUUUCUGAUGGACUGAAGAGUCCAAACUGUCAGCUGCAGAUCCUGAGGUUGUCUGGCUGUAUGGUGACAGAGGAAGGCUGUGGUUAUGUGUCUUCAGCUCUGAGUUCAAACCCCUCACACCUGAGAGAGCUGGAUCUGAGCUACAAUCACCCAGGACGAUCAGGAGUGCAGCUGCUCAACCUCAAACUGGAGGAUUCAAACUAUAAACUGCAGAUACUCAAUGUGGAUCAUGGAGGAGAGGUCAUGAUGACAGCAGGACUACGAAAGUAUGGAGAAAAAAGGAGUUUGAGCAUGAUUUCACAGCCAUGCCAAGUACUUUCACAGUACCAGAACAUCUUUCAACCCCACUGACAUACUUUUCCAAAUUCUUUGAUGAAGAAUGCUUUAGAAAGAUUGCAGACCAGACAAAUUUGUACUCCUGUCAACUCAAUGGAAGCAGCAUUAACACCAACAGCAAAGAAAUUAAAGCAUUCAUUGGCAUGAAAAUAAUCAUGGGUGUGGUGAAACUGCCUGCACUGGUGGAUUACUGGCCAACAGACACAAGAUAUGACAAAGUAGCGGACAUCAUGCCAGUGAAGCGCUUCCAACACGUUGUCCAGGAUGCUCCAUUUUCAAGACAAUAUGACUGCUGAACCCAGUGAAGAUCGGUUAUUCAAAAUUAGACCUGUGCUGAACCACAUGAGAACCAGGUGCUUGGCAACAGAGAGUGAAAAACAAGAUCUCCAUUGAUGAGAUGAUGGUGCCUUACAAAGGUGGGAAGGCUGGAAGUUUGCGACAGUAUUUCCCAAGUAAACCAAAGAAAUGGGGAUUCAAGAUGUUUGUGUGAGCUGGGGUGUCUGGCUUUGUUUAUGACUUCAUUGUGUACACAGGGAAGUCCACUUUUGAUGCAACUCACACAUCAACACUCAUACGGGUGGAGUGGAUCAGGCUGACAUGUUGGUUGCCCUGUAUCGCACCCCUACCAAGUCCCACCGCUGGUACAUGGCCAUAUUUUGGCAAAUGAUUGACAUUGCUGUCAACAACGCGUGGCUACUUCACAGACGUGAUGCAGAAGCACUUCACCAAGACCACGAGAGCUUGAAAAGCUUCAGGUUAGAUGUAGCCAAAGCACUGAUGUAUACUGAAAAGGAGACAAGAGGAAGGCCUCCCAAACACCACAAAAUCACACCACCAACAAACAAGGUUGUCAAACAACCAAAGGUCCCAAGGCCUGUUGAUGACGUACGGUAUGACCAAAUCAACCACUUUCCGGGUUUGUCUAAGAAGGGGAGGUGUAGGAUGUGCUUAGAAAGACAAACUUUUGUCAUGUGUGGCAAGUGCAAAGUGAGGCUUUGCAUUGUUUCUGGAAAAAAUACUAGGAACUGUUUUCUUGCCUUUCACUGCCAGUAAGGUUUGGCCUUUGAUGAUGUUUCCAAGAACAUUUAGAAAUGUCUUUGAGAGAAAAUAUAUGAUAAGCCAAGAUAAAAUCUACCUGUGCUGCUCUGUCUUAUUUAUGAAGUCCAAUGCUUCUCAAAAAUGGAAAAAUGAAAGGUGUUCCAUGCCCAAGGAUUGUGGCAGAAUACGACACAUAUGGGUAGAGUGGAUUUGGUUGAUGUGAUGGCUGGCUGUCAACAAUGUGUGGCUAUUCUUCAGACGUUAUUCAGAAGAACUUCACCAAAACCGUGAGAGCAUGAAAUGCUUUAGAUUGGAUAUACACUGACACUGCACUCUUCAUGUUGCAAAAAGAGACACCUCAAAAGAGAGACUUUGCAUUGUUUCUGGCAAAAUGCUAGAAACUGUUUCUUGUAUUUCACUGUUAGUAAGGUUUGACCUUUGGUGAUGUUUCAAAAAACGUUUAGAAAUUUCUUUAGUUUAGAAAAGAAUAUUUGCAGAAAGCUGUGACAGAAAAAAUUAUGUUCUUUAGUAGGACAUUUAACAGUGUUGCAUUAACUUACACGAGUUUUCAUUAUAAAUGUAUUCAUAAAUAUUACUUAUCAUGUAUUGUUUAUCAGAAUGUUACAAAGAAUAUUUGUUAUAAGUUAUUAGAGAAUAAAAUGUUUUGAAAUUGUUUAAAAUAUAUUAAAAGGCAUUGCCAAACAAGAAUUCUGUUUUC